CUUAACCAAACGACGUCGCAUAUGGCCUAACAUUCGCGCGACAGUCUCUCCUCACUCUUUUCUUUCCACCGUCUCCUUUCUCCUGUCUUCGCAGUGUUGGGAAGACUGAAGCUCAGCUAUGGCGUUAACCAAAUCAACCCUCCAUUUCCGCCGCUUUCUCUCUCCCAUUCCGCCGCGAAUUCUCAAACCCUACUCUUUCUCUUCAGCUUCAGAAGCCCAUCUUCAAGAGACCGACACCCCAGAUGACGAUUCCCAAACUGCCCCUGUCCCCUACCUAUCCGCCGACGAAACCCUAAUCGCCGACAAAUUCCACUCCCUCAUCAAAGACCACCACCGCAACAACCCCAAUCCUAAUCCCAACCCCCAUCCCCCGAACCCCACGUUCACAAUCCCUGCUCUCUCGCAAGACUUCUCCCAAAUCUCCGCCGUCCAUUCUGUAUCUCCCUCCGUCGUCCGCAGCGUGAUCAAGAAGUGCGGUGGUGUACGCCACGGCAUCCCUUUGGUCCAGGCAGUUGCCUUCUUCAACUGGGCCACGGCCCGCGACGGGUUCGAGCAGAAAUCGGAGCCCUACAACGAGAUGGUCGACCUCUCUGGAAAGGUGAGGCAGUUCGAUUUGGCUUGGCACGUGAUCGACCUGAUGAAAGCUCGGAAUGUUGAGAUUACGGUCGAGACCUUCUCGAACCUUGUCCGGCGAUACGUAAGGGCCGGAUUGGCUGCGGAGGCGGUGCACGCGUUUAAUCGUAUGGAGGAGUACGGUUGCGCGCCUGAUAGGAUGGCUUUCUCGGUAGUGAUUGGGAUUCUGUGCAAGAAGAGACGGGCCAGCGAAGCGCAGUCGUUUUUCGAUAGCUUGAAGCAUAAGUUUGAAGUUGACGUUAUACUCUACACUAGCUUGGUUAAUGGCUGGUGCCGAGCUGGUAAUAUCUCGGAGGCGGAGAGGGUAUUCCGGGACAUGAAGGCGGCCGGGAUCAUGCCGAAUGUGUAUACUUACAGCAUUGUGAUCGAUGGUUUGUGCAGGUGCGGCCAAAUUACGCGUGCCCAUGAUGUUUUCGCUGAGAUGAUUGAUGCCGGAUGCCAACCAAAUUCGAUUACUUUCAAUAAUCUGAUGAGGGUUCAUGUGAAGGCUGGCCGGACUGAGAAGGUGUUGCAAGUUUGUAAUCAGAUGAAGAGGCUGGGAUGCAAUGCGGAUGCAAUUACUUAUAAUUUUCUUAUAGAGUGUCACUGCAAGGACGAGAAUCUUGAAGAUGCAGUUAAGGUGCUCGAUUUGAUGGUUAAGAAAGGCUGCACCCCGAAUGCAUCGAGCUUCAAUCCCAUAUUUCGGUGCAUUUCGAAGUUGAAGGAUGUGAAUGGUGCUCACAGAAUGUAUGCUAAGAUGAAGGAGUUGAAGUGCGAGUUGAACACGGUGACCUACAAUAUACUAAUGCAGAUGUUUGCGGAGUCUAAAUCGACUCAUAUGGUGCUGAAGCUGAAGAGGGAAAUGGAUGAGAACGAAGUUGAACCGAACGUGAACACGUACAAGGUUUUGAUCUCCAUGUAUUGUGGAAUGGGGCAUUGGAACAAUGCCUACAGGUAUUGCAGGGAGAUGAUUGAGGAGAAAUGCUUGAAACCGAGUAUGCCGGUGUAUGAGAUGGUUCUAGAACAGUUGAGGAAGUCAGGGCAGUUGAAGAAGCAUGAGGAAUUGGUGGAGAAGAUGGUCGAUAGGGGCUUCGUUACACGGCCGUUGGCUGUGUAGUCUGUAGGAGUAGCUUAGCUGCAUUGCUUGCAUUAGAUUAGUCAUCGGAUUACCUGUUUCGUUACGAAUUUACGAUGUAGCGUUUUAUGUUUGGGAGUUGGGAGGAUCACAAUUUUGACGAUUUUUAACAGAAAAUUGUAACACAAGAAAGACGAAUGAAUUCGAAACAAAUGCGGAAUGGGUCGCAUGUUCAUGUUCAAAAACUACAAAUUAAGGAAUAAGAACUAAUGACCUUGCAUGUCAA